UAGCUACGCUGAGCCAAUUAAGCGCCUUUCCGCAAUCCGACGAUGAAAUCAUUGUUCAGUUCUAUGAAUACGUGGACCAUUUGCUAAACAUAAAGGCUGAGAAUAUGAUGGCCAUUAAUGUGCAAUUUGUAGAGACUGUGGUGAGAAAUGUGCCCGCGGCAGCCCGCGGACCCAGUACUGCUGCUCUUCAGGCCUAUAUCGAUCGCGCCAAUCCCAUACUAGAGAAGGGCACUACGCGACAAAAAAUGGAAUAUGUCUAUGAACUGCAGGACCUUUUCGACAGAUUGCGCUCGAUAUUGGACCGCCGAGAGACCGAAUCUCAAACCAUUGGCAUGAGCAGGUUGGGUCUGUUGGGCGUGGCGCAGAGCUUCGCAGAGGAGGAAGAUGAGUUCUACGAGAAAUUUGUCGAGGGCUCCCAUAUAAUGAAGUCCAAGAUCAGUCCGGAAGCUGUGACGCUCGAAGACAACUUCUUUGAGGCUCUGCAGAACUAUGUGGACACCACGGACUUUACUCGGCGUGAUCCGGUGUUUCAGAGAUUCAUGAGCUUCAGGAAUAACUUUUGAUCAAUAUGUAAAAAAAAAUAAUUUAACUAAAUAUAACUAUUCCAUACAUUA